AUGAAUGGCGACAAGCGAAAACCUCCUGAAAAGGAAUGUUACAUUCCGACCCAAGACAUCUCUUGUGUGCUCUGUCAAGAGAAGACCGAAGACUCAAAUCACCUUUUCUUCUCCUGUCAAAAAGCAACAGAAGUCUGGUACGAUCUCCUUUCGUGGAUUGGGAAAUCUGCUGCUUUACAUUCAAGCGCGAGCAACCACCUGAUGGGUUUCUCUAAUAUUGGACACAAGAAGGAUAUUCUUUUUCUGACUGGACUUUGGAUCUGCACUGUAUGGUGCAUCUGGAAAAAAAGGAACGAUAUUCGGUUCAAGCAAGGUAAGUGGAGCAGGGAUGGAGUGACAGCCGAGAUCAAGUCACAUGUUUGGAGUUGGUUGCAGGUGUUCUCCAAGUAUGGGAGCUCAGCUGAUUUUUCUUUCAGAGAUUGGUUCAAUGUUGUUCCUCUUGCAAAUUGA